AUGCAUGACUGUUACAGAUGCCCAUGCAUCCGUAACCUCCAGAAAACACUUACACAUAUGUAUGAUGAAUCAUCUAUUUAUGUUGAUCAACAGCUAACUGUUAUCCGCUAAUUAAUCAAUCAUGACUUCACCAGCCUCCGCGGCAGCUCCUACCUCUUGGUCCACCGGCCUCUUCGGCUGCUCAUCCGACGUUCCUAACUGUUGUUUAACUUGUUUUUGCCCCUGCAUUACUUUUGGACGAAUUGCCGAGAUCGUCGACAAGGGAAAUACCUCUUGUGCUGCAGCUUGCGCUGUGCAUGCCCUAAUAGGAUAUUGGACAGGUUGCGGAUGGAUUUUUUCGUGCUUUUAUCGAUCUAAGAUGAGAAAGGAAUACAUGCUGAAAAAGAGUCCUUGUGGAGAUUGCUUGGUUCAUUUUUUUUGCGGGCUAUGUGCAUUGUGUCAAGAACAUCGUGAGCUUCAUAUCCGAGGAUACGACAUGUCUCUGGGAUGGAAAGGAAAUAUGCAAAAGCAGAACCGUGGAGUGACUACGGCACCGAAGCCUGAAAGAGGAAUGAGCCGAUAAAGUUAUAGAUACCUGCGCUUAGUUUUGAUGAAUCGGACUGGUUUGUGUUGCGAACAAAAUGGCUCUUGUAAUAAAGAGUGUGCGUGUAAGAUGGCUAUUAUGUACUGAUAUAAAUGGCAGUACGGUUGUAUUGUUCAUCACUGUAAUUUUUCAAUUUUAUGACAGGUUACAAUGAAUACCUACGAGAGUCUUGGAAUAGUGAUGCUUCGCGAGUAGAUUAAGAUGAAUAUUGAUCUUGGAAAUCAUUCCGAAGAAUAUUCUCUAAUUACACAUGAUAUCUUGGAAUA